UUUCCUCUUCUGUUAAAUGCACAUCUCACAGGAUCAUUGGGAAGAUUCAGUGCCAUGAUGCAUAUGACACACUCAGCGUAGUGCCUGGCACGUAGUAGGUGUUGAAAUCAAUAGUAGCUGCCAUUUUAUUAUUAUUGUUAUUGUUAUUGUUAUUCCCAUAUACAAGGUGCUGUUGGGAACACAGAGGAAGUGACUGACUGGGGGUUCAGGGAAAGCUCCGUAGAAGAGGGAACACUUGAGCUGGGUCUUGAAGGAUGAGUAGAAGUUCACCAAGUGGGAAAGGACACUCUAGGAUGGCCGAGCCUCGAUUUAACAACCCCUACUUCUGGCCCCCUCCUCCCACCAUGCCCAGCCAGCUGGACAACCUGGUCCUGAUUAACAAGAUCAAGGAGCAGCUGAUGGCGGAGAAGAUCCGGCCGCCUCACCUGCCGCCCACGUCGGCUUCGUCGCAGCAGCCGCUGCUGGUGCCGCCGGCGCCGGCCGAGAGCAGCCAAGCCGUCAUGUCGCUGCCCAAGCUGCAGCAGGUGCCGGGGCUGCACCCGCAGGCCGGCCGCAGCCCGACGUGGCGCUGCACGCGCUGGCCGGCCACCAGCACCGUCACAGGUCUGGGGCUCUCCUCCCGGACCCCGGCUGUGAGCACGUCCGAGUCGAGUGCAGGCACGGGGACCAGCACCCCGUCCACGCCCACCACCACCAGCCAGAGCCGCCUCAUCGCCUCGUCCCCCACCCUCAUCUCAGGGAUCACCAGCCCCCCCCUCCUGGACUCCAUCAAGACAAUCCAGGGCCAUGGCCUGCUUGGCCCCCAGUCCGAGCGCGGCCGCAAAAAGAUCAAGGCGGAGAACGCAGUGGGGCCGCCCGUCCUCGUAGUCCCCUACCCCAUCCUGGCCUCGGGCGAGACUGCCAAGGAGGGCAAGACAUACAGGUGUAAGGUGUGCCCGCUGACCUUUUUCACCAAGUCUGAGAUGCAAAUUCACUCCAAGUCACACACCGAGGCCAAGCCCCACAAGUGCCCGCACUGCUCCAAGUCCUUUGCCAACGCCUCCUACCUGGCCCAGCACCUGCGCAUCCACCUGGGCGUCAAGCCCUACCACUGCUCCUACUGUGAUAAGUCCUUCCGACAGCUCUCCCACCUCCAGCAGCACACCAGAAUCCACACAGGCGACAGACCCUACAAGUGCCCACAUCCUGGCUGCGAAAAGGCUUUCACUCAGCUCUCCAACCUCCAGUCUCACCAGCGCCAGCACAACAAGGACAAGCCCUACAAGUGUCCCAACUGCUACCGGGCCUACUCGGACUCCGCGUCCCUGCAGAUCCACCUCUCCGCCCACGCCAUCAAGCACGCCAAGGCCUACUGCUGCAGCAUGUGCGGGCGGGCCUACACCUCGGAGACCUACCUGAUGAAGCACAUGUCCAAACACACGGUGGUGGAGCACCUGGUGAGCCAUCACUCGCCCCAGAGGACGGAGUCCCCCGGCAUCCCGGUGCGAAUUUCCCUCAUCUGAGCCGACCCAAGGCGCCGCCCCACCCUGCCCACUGGCAGACACAGACCCAGGCAGCACCAGGCCCCAGCUUCCUCCAGGGGCCCUCCAGGAACAGCCGAGCUCUCUCAUGACCUUCCUGACCUUCCAGAAAGCCUGGGCUGCAGAAGCCCUGCCCGGUCCAGCUCCGGGGGCGGCCAGGCCAACUGCAAGAUUCUGGACUGUUUUGGUGGCAUCCAAAGACGAUCUCAGAGCACUUUGAACCUCUCUGUUGGGUUUCUUUUUGUUCCCCACCCUCCACUUGCUUCACUGUUUUUGUUUUUAAGUUUGUUUUGGAAAUAACAAAAAAGAUAUUUAUUGGCCAAGAAGUUGGUGCUGCUAAGACCGAGAAAUGAAAAGAAUCGGACAGAUGGACACAGAGAACCAGAGGGCAGCGUGGGACCUUCUCUUGCCACAGCCUCAGGUCUUGAGGGAAGGCUCAGGCCUGGGUUUCUGGACUGCAAAGGGGACCCCCCCCCCAGGUGGGAGGGGACAGGAAGCAUCUGGAGUGAGCCACUCACCCCUAGGUGCCCAGCUCCAACCUCUUGGGCUACACCCUGGGCAUUACUGAGCAGAGGGAUGAGGCAGCUCCUGGGGCUGCCCGGGCUUCAGGAGGCAAAACAGGAGAGGGGCUGGGAGAUCCGCAGGACCAAAGGGUGCAGCGUUGGGCUGGGCUGGGCACAGGCCCAGGGAAAUGGGGUGAGGGUGGGCUGGGUAAGACCUGGCCCUCCACUGCCCUGAAGACCACCCCAGUCUACCUCGGUGCUGGCCAGGAAACCUAUUGGCUACCUCUCCCACCAUCCCAGACUGUGGGCAGGGGGGUGGGGAGGGAGUGGGCCUAGGCUUAGGACCCCCCCUCCAGAAUUUCCUCCAGAUGGGGCAGUGCCCAGGGAGGGGUUAUGUGUCUUCCCUGUCAUGAAGGGGGGAAUCCCCAGUCCAGGCCCUAGGCCCCUCGGCAGGGAAGGGAUCCUCGGGGAGGAGGGUCCCAGGAGCAGACCCUGCCCUCAGCCCCCACAGACACACCCCGAUCUGAAAGCCAUGCGUGUCCAUGUAUAUAGGAACUAUGUACAGAGCCCGGAGAAGCCCCCCUUCAUCCCCCGGGGAAAAAAAAAAAAAAAAAAAACUAGACAGAAACUCAUCUAUAUAUUCUGUAUCUGGAGUUCCGUUUUGAAUAUUAACUGUGUUAUUUUUAUACACUUUUUAAGCCUUAACUCGCCAUUGAUUUACCAGUUUAACGUUUCCUGGGGUUUUUUUUUCCCAUGGGGUUCUCUGCCCCAGCCCCCACCCCUUUGUUUGACUUGCGUCGUCGGAUACUCAGUAUUGUAGCUUUUUGUCCGCAUGUUACUACCCUGUAAAUACGCUGUUAUACAUACUGUUAACACCCCAUUUGCUUUUUUCUAUGGGACCUCCAGGCCACCAUAUCUAGAACUAGUUACCUUAUUAAAAAAGAGAAAACAGUCUGUCGGCUUCUCAGUCUGCAUCUUGGUGGCAGGGAGGUGAGGGCAGGUGCCCCUCAAUGCUUCAGGAAACAGGUUUGCAUUCUAUUUAAGAGAAGGGGUGGGGAGCAAAAUAAAAAUCCAGUGUGGGGGAAGACACUACAUGGGGCGAGAGACCAAGAAUCCCAAACCCUCUGCUCUUUGUAUUUCUCUGUUGUGAAGAAUAAACUGUACCUGCACCUGG